CGGCGAGCCAGAGGCGAGUCUCUCCCGGCGGCGGGAGGGGAACGGUGGGGGUAAGGCUAGUCUGGGUGCGCUUCGAAACCCCGAGCGGAAGGCAAUCCGCGCUCGAAUCCGACGGAGCGCGAGCAAGUUACCCCGGUGACGUAGUCCUCGUUCGGCCUGUCAUUGGGAGUAGGGGAGCCUUCAUAGGCGGAAGAAGCGAGAGGGCAAUCGACACGCGAAAAAAGAGUACGGAGAGGGAAGAGGUGGUGGUGGUGGUAGAGGAGGGUUGAGAGGUAGAGAAGGAGGACGUGGUCACGAGCGCCUUCGUCGAAGGCGCUUGCGCUCCAACAUUCCGCGCCUUCCGCUGCUCGGCACCUCGGCUGCUAGGCUCGAGUAUCGCGACGACGUAAAAGCUCGCGUCGCGAUGCGUCGUGACUGUCAUCGCGCGAGUAAACGAGAAAUCAUACCGAUUCGCUAAUCGGAUCCCUAGGGCAUCCGCAAUGACUCGUGUGUCACGUGACAAAUAGCGUGAAACGCGUCUAUGCUGUCAGAGGAUAGUGUGUCUGACGGUGUGCUCUCAUGGUGUGACACGUGACAAGUGAAUAUCGAUAAGGAUCAAGUGAAGAUUUCACAGAGACAAAUGAGAACGGUUGUUCGACGAAUACACGAGGAAUGUAUAUUAAACUUGUAUCAAAUUCUUAUUGUGACGACGUGCGUGAGAACUAAAAUAGAAGAGGAAUACAACGAAUUCGACCAUAUCGCACUGAAUUGACAGUUGACUGAAAGCGUAUUACUAACUUUUACUUUUGUCACGCAAAAAUCCAAAAAAUGUCCGUGCAACGAUAUUGCCCGACGCAUAAUGAGAAGCGUGAAUAUUCUUAUUUGCAGAUGAUACAUCAACUCGCGCUCGAAGACAUUCAUUGACGUUUAGAUUGCUUGUUGAAUCCGCGGAGGACAAUCGACGCGUAAUACAGCGAAAAAUUCAUUGUUGGACACAAAUCGAGGCACGAGAACGAGCCGAGGAUAGACUUGGCGCAUACGGAAAAGUGGAGGAAGAGCGGGAGAGGGAGGAGCCAUUGCGCUGAGCGGGGAGGGGGAGGAGGUGAGAUUGUCUGGUGAUGAUGAUCGGUGGCGGCGUCGCGACCCCUCCUGGUACUGCCAAGUCGGCUGCUGCGAUCGACAGCGAAAUGGUGCAGGUCGACGGCAUUGGCAGUGGUAGUGUCAGUGGCAGUGCUAGUGGUAGUGGUAGCCCUGCGACGGGCGCGACCACCACGCGCCUCGCAAAUAGCAGUAACAAUAAUAAUAAUAAUAGCGGCAACAACAACAAUAACGGGGAGAUUAGCAAUAACAACAACAACAAUGAUGGACACGGGGUCGCGAAUUGCGCCGGCACAACCACCUCGGGCGCCAGCGACAAAUUUUGCUGUCAAGAUGAAGACCCCGUUCCCGUCAGCAUCGGUGUCGCUCGACCUUGGGAACCACCGUCUUCACCGACCUUCUCCCAGACGAGAUCGCACCUGCUGCAGAUCCAUCCGCCCCAUCAUCAUCAGCAUCCGGCCGCGCAUCAUCAUCAGCAGAUGAACGUACCCGUCUCUCUCAUCGAUGGUGUGAAUUUACAAAAUUGCACGGCGGGUCCAUUUGCGAGCGGAAAUAACGGUGGAGCAUCGCGGCAACGUUUAAUCGAAUUAUCACAUGGGCUAGGAGCAUUAAGGCACUAUAACGAUCUCGCUAAUCACGUAUUGUCCUUAAAUCAGCAGGGCGCAGUCGUCACAAAACUUUUAGGUACACUGCGCCCGCCAGGUCUGAUCGGUGGCAGUAAACCAAAAGUAGCGACACCGGCUGUCGUCGCUAAGAUCGAGCAAUACAAAAGGGAGAAUCCGACCAUCUUCGCUUGGGAAAUUCGAGAGAGAUUAAUCUCGGAGGGAGUUUGCAGUAACGCGACCGCACCGUCGGUCAGCAGCAUCAAUCGGAUACUGCGAAAUCGCGCGGCGGAACGCGCGGCCGCGGAGUUCGCACGGGCCGCCGGUUAUGGACUGUACGCGGCCGCCGGGCCGCAUCCGUACUUCAACUCGCACCAGCAUCCGACGACGAGCCAUCAUCUGCCGGCAGGUUGGCCGGCACCGGCGGGCGCGGCCGGCCAUCCGUGGAUGCUGCCGCCUCUCGCGACCGGCAUAUCCGGCGCGGCCGCGUCGGCGCUGCUUCUGCCGCCGUCUCUGAGUCCCGGUGCGGCUGCGGCCGCGGCCGCGGCCGCGUCCGCAUCCGCCGCGGGCACCUCCGAGCACGCGCUUCACGCCGCCGACGUGAUCGCUCGAGGAUACCUGCAAGACGGUGACGGGGAUGACGGAAGUUUGGACGGUUCGGAGCAGCCGAAAUUCCGACGCAAUCGCACGACUUUCAGUCCGGAGCAGCUUGAAGAGCUCGAAAAGGAGUUCGAGAGAUCGCAUUACCCUUGCGUGUCGACGCGCGAGCGUCUCGCCUCGAAAACGUCACUUUCGGAAGCGCGCGUUCAGGUUUGGUUUUCCAACAGACGGGCAAAGUGGCGUCGUCACCAGCGCAUGAACCUCUUAAAACGCUCGCCACCACCGCCUCCACCGCCACCGCCGCAGCCGCAGCCGCAGCAGCAACCGCACUCCGCUACGUCCGCUAUGGAAAUCGGCCAGCGUACAUCCGGUUGCUCCAUCGCCGGCAUGGGCGGCGAAAGUAGCGCAUUCCGCGCGGUCGUCACCAAUUCCGCGACUAGGGACACAAAUCUUGACAGAUCCGAGAGGAUCGACAGGCUGGAAUCGGUACCGAAGCAACCGGAGAAGAAACCCAGCGCCUUUCGCAUGAUCAGUCAACUAGUGGGCGACGAUUCUUCCGAACUCUCGAGACCAACCAGUCCUAUGUAUGAACGACAUGGAUCUGGAUUUGGUCCGAGACCGGGAUCAGCGCACAGGAUACGCUACGAUCAGAAUGAGGACGAGGAUGAGGAGAUUGAUGUACAGGAUUCUGAUCAGGAUGCACCGUCGUCGCCGCCGAUCGCUUGGAGGGAUCACUGGACUGAUCAACAACCGUUGGAAUUGACGAAGCACGAUCGUUAAAUGAGAUGUGAUACAUCAGUUCGGUCUCGAUCGACAUGACUGUCAAAUCUGAAGUGACAUUUUUCAACGAGAUCGGAACAUCUAUCGUACGGUUGCGUGUUGCUAUUUAUUUAUAUAUCUCAACCGGAAAAAAUCGCGCAAAUAUGUAAUUCUAUCAGUGCUCGAAGUGAUCGAUAAGUGCAAAGGUGGAAAAAAUAUUCUUUCGCUCUAUGGUGCUCGAAUUAUACUAAGAUUAGCUAACCAUGAAAUGUGUGUUUGUCGAUCCGAAACAUCGAUAGUGUAUACGCGGCAGAUCGAUAACGUGUUAACAUCGGCAAUAAACUGCAUCACGGCGAUUAUCGUCGUGUAACGUCAGAUGCAACAACAUGUACUUAUUAUAUUCUCUCAUCUUUCUUUAUUAUCGGGCUCGGCUCUUCUCUAUCAGUUGAAAUCUUUAACACUUCUGGAACUACUUAUUACAAAUACGGACGAUUUCUUACAAUUAAAAUUGCGAGUAUAUAACUGCUGCGUUCUGUGUAAUAUCGAAACGCAACAGUUAUCAGUGUCACUGUAAUUAUUGUUGUAGAUUACGUAGACAAUCCAUGCAUAUCGCGUGGCAAAAGCAAAUGCUAUUAAUUCGCUCAAACCUGUCUGCGGAGCCGCUCGCGUGAAUCGAGAAUAAAAUACUACGAAAAUAUUACGAGCAAAGAGUGAGAUCGUUCGAGCUCAUUCGGAACUAGUCCUAGCAAACCAUUAUGAAUUAGAGGUGUGCGUUAUCUAAAUAUUUGAAAUAGACGUAAGUGAAAAUACAGAUAAUCCUGUAUGAAAUAUCUGUUAAAAUAAC